AGCUAAGCUUUUAGACCAGCUUUCCUGGACUGUAGGGGGUGUGGCAUGCAUUAAAAUUAAACAUCAAUGACCUGGUGAAGCUUAUAAAAUAGCGUGGGAGAAGCUAGUCACCACGGCAAACAUUUCAGAUUGGAUGGUUUUUGCAUAUGAAAAUUGCCUUCAUACUGAUAGAAAGAAAAAGUUCCAGGUUCACCCAUAACCAUCCAGCUCCAAGAUGGUGACGGCUCUACUACUGCUGCUUUCGGCGCUGGCUGGCCUCGCUCAGGUGGCAGAGGGACAAGCCUUUCAUUUAGGGAAGUGCCCGACUCCUCCAGUGCAGGAAAAUUUUGAUGUGAAUAAGUAUCUUGGAAGAUGGUACGAAAUCGAGAAGAUUCCAGUGAGCUUUGAGAAGGGAACCUGCAAUCAAGCCAGCUACUCACUGAUGGAAAACGGAAACAUCAAAGUGAUAAACAAGGAGAUGAUAUCUGAUGGAUCCAUGGACCAGGUUGAAGGUGAAGCCACCCAAGGCAACCUCACAGAGCCUGCCAAACUGGAAGUGAAGUUUUCCUCGAUGAUGCCACCAGCUCCGUACUGGGUCCUGGCCACCGACUAUGUGAACUACGCCCUUGUGUAUUCCUGCACCAACAUCCUAUGGCUAUUCCACCUGGAUUAUGUUUGGAUCUUGGGAAGAAAUCCUUACCUCCAAUCAGAAACAGUUAUGUACCUUAAAGCUAUCCUGGCCUCGAAUAAUAUUGACACGGAGAAAAUGACUAUCUCAGACCAUAUGGACUGCCCUGAGUUCCUGUAACUGGGCUGUACAGGGAGAAUGCAUCCACUCCACGGCACUUCUUUCACUUUGCUUCCCCCGACCCUUGCCCACCCCCUCCCCUCAUAGAGACUGUCCAACCAGCCAUGGUAACUAUUGCAACAAAGAAGAUGGAAAUGUGACGACAGAAGCCAGAAGAAAGGAACUCAAGGAAAAUUGUCCCAAACACUUAGCCAUGCACCAUGUCACCUUCCAGGCCCAAUAAUAAAUGUGCUAUUAAUCUGC